ACCUCCAUGUGUACAUAUGUUGGUGUACAUGUGUGGGUGUACCUCCAUGUGUACAUAUGCUGGUGUACACGUGUGGGUAUAACACAGUGGUGUACCUAUGUACCUGUGGUGUACAUAUGUUGGCGUACACGUGUGGGUGUAAGUCAGUGGUGUACAUGUGAGGGUGUACCUCUGUGACGUACAUAUGUUGGUGUACAUGUGCAUGUGUGGGUGUAACUCAGUGGUGUACAUGUGUGGGUGUAUCCCAGUGAUGUACUGUACAUGUGUGGGUGUGCCUUAAUGGUGCACAUGUGCAGGUGUACUUCUAUGGUGUACAUAUGUUGGUGUGCAUGUGCAUGUGUGGGUGUAACUCAGUAGUGUACAUGUGUGGGUAUACUAUUAUAAUGUGUACGUAAGUGGGUGUAGCUCUUCCCUUGUAUGCAUGUGUGAUUGUACUUAUAUGACGUACAUGCAUGGCUGUAUCUCCCUGGUGUACACAGGUAGCACUGCCUUCCCUGUGUUUACAUAGCUCUGUUUACCCUCGUAAUCUUCCAGUCAUCCAAUGUUGAUUCACAGAGGUAACAACACCUUGCUCCAUCACCGAUGUUUACACAGCGUGCCAAGACGCUGAUCCCGAAGGCCACACUCCAGGUGUAUAAAGUCACCCGACGAAGGGCGUCUAUCUAACAGUAGUGUGCCUUUGCUGGUACCGUCAUGGACCGCCGAGUGAUGCCGCUGUUACUCCUGGGGGCGACAUCCCUGGUCGUUAACCCGGUGGUGGGGAAAAUCUUCGCCGCUCGACGGUGUGGGGACGUCGAGGGGGACCUGUACCAGUUCUCAGCAAAGACUCUCAACGGCUCGGAGGUCAUCAACUUCGACCGAUACAGGGGCAAGGUGGUGCUGGUAAUCAACGUGGCCACCUACUGAGGGCUCACCACCGCCUCCUACCACCAGAUGAAUGCACUGGCUGAGUUUUACGAAAAUCAGGACCUCGUUUUUCUUGGUUUCCCCUGUAACCAAUUCGGUAAGCAAGAGCCGGGAGCCAACGCCACGGAGAUCUACAACGGGAUCCGCCACGUCCGGCCCGGAGGAGGGUUCGAGACGAAGAUAACCCUCUUCGAGAAAACUGACGUGAACGGCCAACAUGAGAACGAGAUCUUUACGUUCUUAAAGAGUGCCUGUACCUACACAGACACGGAUUUCGAGACUCGUCUGUACUACGAGCCUAAGAGAGUUGGGGACAUUCACUGGAACUUCGAGAAGUUCCUCGUGGGGAGAGACGGCAAGCCUAGAGUUCGCUACCACCCGGAAGUUACCGACCCCGAGGCCCUCAAAGGUGACAUUGGUACUUUGCUCUACGAAUAUCCUCCUUCAGGAACUUUGGGCAACGUACACCAGCAGAGGGGCAUGUAUUAAUCAAUGAUGUUGAGGAGGACAUCCGUAUUUUAUCCCCUGACUCCCAGCUGAGGCUCGGCGUCCUACCCUCGCCCACCCUCAUGUAGCACCCCACCCAUGACGACGCUGCCAGAAACCCUCAGGUGGGCGGCGUUUGAAGUAGUCAAGGGAGCGAGGCCUCUUGUGCAUUCUGGCCUCUACUCUUCUGCCUGUGGGCUGUUGCAGAGGGUGGGCGGAGCUGGACCACGCUAAUCUGGAGACCAUGGCAGGAACUCUGAACUGUAGAACCUCCACUAAUAGAAGAAACCAUAAACACCA